AACACGUUGAAUCAAAUAUUAUCUAUCCUCUCCAUCUUUCUGACAAGAUGUUUCUGCAUUUUAACUCUUGAAAGAUUGCUGGUAUUCUCAAGUCAAAUCCAUGUAAUGUCAAUAACAAAGACUUUCUACUCCUCAGGGUAUAUAUAAACGAGCUGCUAGGUAUGCUCAGUACUAGCCAAAGGAUUCCUCAGAGCCAUACCACGCCAGAUAAUUCAGAGAUCAGAAGAAAUGGAGGCGGCAGAAUGUUCAUCAAUUUGGGGUUCUCUCGAUGCAAUCUGUGAGGAGUCGGAGAUGAUUGCGCAUUUGCAGUCAGUGCUCUGGUGCGGCAGUGAUUCUGAUGCAAACCUCUGCUCCUCCGAAAAUGAUAGCACAACAGCUUCUUUUGAUCUCCUAGUGGAUGACCUCGGUUCAGCGAAUGAGAGGAACACUGGUAUCAAGAGAAAGAUGCAAGUGGAUGAACAGAGCGAUCAUCACAAUGAAGUCCCUGUGGCUCUCUCGACUGCAAGGAAGAGCGGUAACAAGUCAAGAGCUGCAAUGGACUCACAAAGUAACUAUGCAAAGAGAAGAAGGCAUAAGAUCAAUGAGAGGCUGAGAGUACUGCAGCACCUGAUCCCUAACGGCACAAAGGUUGACAUAAGCACAAUGUUGGAGGAAGCAGUCCAGUAUGUCAAGUUUCUGCAUCUGCAGAUCAAGCUCUUGAGCUCCGAUGAAAUGUGGAGGUACGCUCCUCUCGCCUACGAUGGCGUCAACAUCAGGCUCCCCCAUCUGGAUUCUCUGGCUCAUGAAUGACUACCCCAAACAAACUGCUGGCUCAGCGGAUGGUACAUAAUUUGUUGGAAGGACCUGCGGCUCAAGUUUUCUGAAUCAUUUGUCGUAGCAUUGUCAUCUGUCUCGUGGACUUUAACCUGAAUUUCCAUUCUAUUCAGUAUUGUAGCUCCUUAUCCAGGAUUAUAUUUUUUUUCUAUUCUUGAUUGCUUGAACAGUGUCAAUA